GACGACGGCACCGGGUCCCGGCCGGACACACGGUAACGGAUGAUGUUCGCGUGCGCCACACGGUCGGUAAUAUCAUUCAACGCCUUAUCGCAGUUACGAGCUUUCGACACUUCCAACUGCCAGAAAUUGUCGGAUCGACCCAAUUCGAAAAUCGUUUAGGAACAACUGAAAUCGAAUUACUAUUAUUUUAUUAUUAUUAUUGAAUUGUUUUUCAACUGAAGUUAUCGGUGAACUAAAAUUUUUUAUAAAUUCUGCUUGUCGAUAUCGUUUUGCCGCCAACUACGAGUGAAUUGUGUUUUUUUUUUUACGUUUAGUUAAUACUCAAGUUAAGUGUUAUACGGACCAUGUACUCUGAAGAAAGUGGCCCAAAAGACCGACGAUAAAGAUGACUGUGAAAUGGUGGCCCGUGUUGGUCGCGUUGGCGUGUUGCUUCAUCCACCGCACCGUUCAUGCCGCCGCAUCCGUCCGGCUCAUGGACCUGCGGCCGGUGCCAUCCAACGACCCGGCUGUGCCCGAUCUCGUUGAAAUGCCCAAUCCGGCGCUGGACCCCAGGCCGUCCGAUCUAAACGUUACCGUUUUGCUGGCAAAGUUGGGUGCCAAGUUCGAUCCAAACUACAUGAGCUACGACAUGCCGGAACAUUUGGUCCCCGUGGCCGACAUUCCUUUCAGACGAAAUCGUCGAGGACGGUUGGUGCCCACCGGAAAAAUGCCAACGGAAAUCCGAGACUUGGACACCAAGUACUUCUCGCUGCCCAACGGCCGGCGGCUGAGAACAAAGAUAUCCAGUCAGCUGCGCCGGAAAAUUCAACAGUACCUAUGGGGACGAACCAUGUGCCCCGUUCAACAGCGAUGGAAGGACCUGGGACAGCGGUUCUGGCCGCGGUGGUUGUUGGAGGGUCACUGUCCCAGAGGCGAGACGUCGUGCUCGGUGCCGUCGGGUAUGUACUGUCGAGCUACCAGUAACCGGUACAAGACACUGUUGCGGUGGCACUGCCGAAGCGCCGGGCCGUCGGCCAUGCUGCAGCAGUUCAACACGUUGCCGGGCACCAAGAGUUCUGGUGUCGUCAAUCCCAUGAAGGUGUGCCAGUGGAUCAAAGUGGAGUAUCCCGUGGUUACCGAAUGCGGGUGCGGUUGUGCCGACAACUCUGAAUAGUCACCCGGGGAAAACAACUUGUUCUUUUUACGCGCCUUCCCCGAUACGAUUUCAUACAAGUCAAACGACAUGUUGCACACUACUAGUCUUAAUAUUAUGUUCGAACACAUUAUUAUUUUUAUUGUAUUAUUAUUAUUUUUUACUUUGACCAAUUAGACACGUUAGGACUUCACGCGAAUAUUUUAAUGUCGGCUCUCCGAGUAAAAAACGACUCGUUAAUCGUGUGGCAAGUAGGAGGUGAAAUAUAUCGCGUAUGGCACACACAUUAAUUUCGAUAGACAGUCUGAAACCGCUUAUCCAUUUAAACAUCUCUGGUGUGUGUAUUUUUUAUGAAUAUUUCUGGAAACCAAAUAAUAGACCGAUUUUCUUUGUUAUUUAACCGAUUGUUUAUGAUUAUGAUUGUCUACUGCAGAAUCAUUCACAAUGAAUUUUCUGUAGGUCAAUUUUUCGCCGGAGUGUAACGAUGAUUCGGAAACGUACUGUAAAAAUUCCAACAGUGUGUUUUUUUUUCUAUUCAUCGUCUAUAUUAUAAUUGGUGUUCUCUAUUGUUUCCAUUCGAAAUACUUAUAUAGUAUUUGUUUGUGUAUCUAUUGAAAGACCUAUUUGGAUUUAUUAUUAUUAUUGACAAUAUUGUAAUUAAGUUUUUUCGAUGUAAAUAUUACAAUUAUCAUAUAAUUUAUCAUAUUUUUAUAUAAAAAAAACUUUUUACGCCCCAGUAGAUUUAUAUAUAAUUUAUUUUUUGUACAUUUUUUUCCACUAUGUACAUAAUAGAACGUUAUAUAGGUAUAUAUAAACAAA